CGGUGAUAAAGUGACGCUAUUGGCUGGCGCGGUAGUGGCGCGCCAGUGUAAAGUUUACUGUUAGCUACAUCACAAGAGUCCUCACAUGACUACUAUGAGGCGCUUUUUGAUCACCUAUUGAACUCAAUUGGACAUGUAAAUGACAGCGAGGACAUGCGCCGAUAAGUGAAGAGAGUUGUCUGUCAAGAUGAAGUGAAAAAAGUUGUUUGAUUUCUGGUUCAGUUGGGUUUCAUCCAGCUAGCGCUAAGCUAACGCAGAGCGCGCUGCGUUGUCAUUUACUCUCAGCUGUUUGUUAGCUAACAGAGCUACAGGGACCCAUCGGUGCUGGAUCAGGAUGAGUUCCGCACGGGAGAUAAAACAGCUGCAGAAAGCAAAGAGCAAAGCACAGAGCAGCAACAACUUAAAAGAGGAAGCAAACAUCUGCAAUCAGCUCGGAGAACUGCUGUCCAGAAAUGGUGAUUAUGAGGCUGCCAUUAGGGAGCACCAGCAGGAGCUAUCGCUGUCUGAGGUGUUGAACGAUGUGAUUGGACGAGCUGUGGCCAAUCGUAAGAUAGGAGAGUGCUAUGCAGAGAUGGGAAACACUGAGGACGCUUUGAAACACCAGCGACGUCACCUGGACCUGGCUCGCUCUGUCAGAGACCAUGCUGAGGAGCAAAGGGCGCUGGCCACUAUUGGUCGAACCUACCUCUUCUGUUAUGAAUCGGACCAGUCGAGGAGCAGUUUAAAGCAAGCGGAGGAGGCCUUCAGGAAGAGCCUGGCCAUUGUGGAUGAGCGUCUCGAAGGGACUGUGCCAGGACGAGAGAUUAGUGAGAUGAAGGCACGUCUCUUCCUCAACCUGGGUCUGGUCUGUGAUCAUCUGGGGGAGCCCAAACGUUGCAGCGAGUUUAUCCGAAGAAGUGUCUUCAUUGCAGAGAAGAGUCAGCUGCUGGAGGAUCUCUACCGUGCAAACUUCAACCUGGGCAACAUCUACUUCCGUCAUGGUCAGAAGUCAAACGCAGUGCGCUGCCUUGAGCAGGCCAAAGAGUGCGCCAGGAAGAUCAAAGACAAGUUCAGUGAGAGCGAGUGCUUUCACUGCAUUGGCAAGGUGCAGCUGUCUCUGCCUGAUUUUGUAGCAGCCAGACGGUCUCUGAAGAAAGCUCUCCGUCUGGGUUCCCAGCAGCCGAUGGACAGGCAAGCAGUGAAGAAAGCUUUCAGAUAUGCGGAUCAGGGCUAUAAACUGGAGGAAGAGUUGGGGGAGGAUCAGGGCAAAAGGCUGAGCUCCCAUCAGGCCGUGGGGCUGGCGGAGCAGCUGGGUGACCUUUACUGUAAGGUUGGCUGCUACAGCAAAGCUCUGGAUGCAUAUCAGGCUCAGCUGAAGGGAGCUGAGGCUUUGGGGAAGCCUGCCAGGGAGCUGGCCGUCAUCCAUGUGUCUCUGGCUGCGACCUACACAGACCUGAGACAGCACAGCAGGGCAGUGGAGCACUACAGACAGGAGCUGGCUCUACGACAGGGCAGCGCUACUGAGGAGUGUAGCACGUGGCUGAACAUUGCAGCAGCUCAGGAGGAGAGCGGCUGCUCCUUGGAGGAUGCAGACAGCAGCUACAGCGAGGCCUCCCGCUGCGCUCAGAGGACCGGCCAGAGCAGACUACAGAAACGUGUGCUGAGGCUCUGGCUGGCGUCCCAGAGACGCCACGGCUCGCUGAAUGCUGAUGAGACGGAGGCGAGGCUGCAGGAGCUGUGUGCUGCCGAGGGCUGGAGUCCAGAUGGGAGUGAUGGUGAGGAGGAUGAAGAGGAAGAGAUGGAGAACAGUGAACCUCUGGAGGACAGUGACGUGGUGCUCUCAGACUCAGAUGAUGAUUUGGAGGGUUAUGACAAGUUGGUGUCGGGAAAGAGGAAGGUAGCAAGAUGGAACAAGAGGAAUGAGAAGGGCGAGACGUCUCUGCACAGAGCGUGUAUUGACGGAAACCUGAAGGAGGUUCAGUAUCUGGUGCAACAGGGUCACCCAGUGAACCCCAGAGACUAUUGUGGCUGGACUCCUCUUCAUGAGGCCUGCAACCACGGUCACUAUGAUAUAGCAGCCGUGUUGCUGGAGCAUGGUGCUAAUGUUAAUGAUCCCGGUGGUCCCUUAUGUGAGGGAGUGACUCCUCUGCACGACGCCCUCGCUUGUGGAAAUUUAAAAGUGGCAAGACUGUUAGUGGAACGAGGGGCUUCUGUGUCCCUACGCAACUCCAAGGGCGACAGCGCCAUGGACACGCUGCGUCAGUGGCAGAGGACCUACAGCAGAGAGCUGGACCAGGAGACCAAGCAGGAGUGCAUGGCUACAGAGAGACUACUGAGGAGGGCUCUUGCAGGAGGAGUGCCUGCUGCUCCGGCCCCGGCCAAGCCUUUCGACGCCCUGCAGGACAGCCAGCUGUUUGAUGCCGAGCACUCUGAGCCGCUGGAGACCUCCGGAGGGGCCUAUUCCUCCAGCCAGGACUGGCCCCGACCCAGCAGGACUCCAGAGGUGAAGGAGGUACCUGGCAGCCCUAAAAGGAGGCAGAGCAACGGCUCCACACAGCGGCACAGAUCCAGAGGGACGGAGGCUUCUGUUCUGUACGGGAAGAACAGCAGCUCCUCCGAUGACAGCGACUCCGACAGCCCCAUCAGUCCCCUCCGGCCCGUCCGCUCCAGACACAGUUUCCCAGCAGCCUCCAGCCAAAGGGAAGUACCCCCAACAAACAAGCAGGCCAACCCCGUCCUCAGCUCCAGUCGGGAAAGUGUCAGGGAGGCUCCCGCGCCGUCUGGCUCGGCACGAGACGAGUACCACAGCGCCAUCCGAGCGCUGGGCAGCGCCAAAACUCUCCUCCAGGGUCUGUCACAGCCUCGCUUCUCCAGCACGCCAGCUGUUUCCGCCAGCAACAGAUCGGCCCUGGUUCCUGAGGAGGAGUAUCUGGCUGAUGAGUGGCUGGAGGACGAUUUGGGGGAAAUCCAGCCGAAAAAGAAGAGGAGGCUUCGAGUGGAACAGAACGGGAUGAGAGGGGAGGACGCGGCCUCAAGAAGUCAAAACAGGAACUCAAACUCUGACACCAGCAGAGGUUCUGCAGUUCCUUCGUCCUCCAGCAGGGGUCUCUCUCAGAAAAAGAACAGCUCUCAGAGGCCUCACCAGGUCAAAAUGACUCAGAUGCCAGGAUUAGUCCGACUGGGCAGACGAGAGGUCAACAGGUCAAACAGCCCCACAGUUACAGACGAUGACGACAUGAGACCUGAGACACCUCCACCCCCACAAAUACACACACAGCCUCCAAAUGUGGCUGCUCCCAUGCCUUCAUCACUGCCUCCACCCAUCAGAAUGAGAGUCAGAGUUCAGGAAGAUGUUUUCCUCAUCCCAGUUCCACAAAGUGAGGCGGACUCGUGCACCGUGUCGUGGCUGUGUGAGCAGGCCGCUCAGCGUUACUACCACAAGUGUGGCCUCCUGCCUCGCCUCUCGCUGCAAAAGGAAGGUGCUCUGCUCUCCCCGCAGGACCUGCUGCUGGCUGUCCUGCACACCAACGAAGAGGUUCUGGCUGAAGUUUGCUCCUGGGAUCUCCCUCCUCUCCCUGAGCGCUACAAGAAGGCCUGUAACAGCCUGGCAGUGGACGAGAACAAGCGUGUCACCCAGCUGUGUGAGGUGCAGGAUGGGAGCCCGUCUGUGUCGGUGUGCGGCCUCAGCUUGCCUCCCUCCUCCCUCAACCCGCUCCUGAGGGCCCUCAAACUGCAGGCCAGCCUCACCGAGCUGCGGAUUUCUGGCAACCGUCUGCACGACAACCUUCUCCCCGAGCUGGUCGCCGCAACAAUAACCAUGCCCCGGCUGCGUCUGCUGGACAUCUCUGCCAAUGGCAUUACAGGGGAAGGGCUGGAGAAGGCAGUGAACGCUUUAAAGGGACACAGUCAUCCUGCGUUUCCGUGCCUGGAGGAGCUCGACCUCAGUAUGAACCAGCUGGGCGACGGUGUGUCCGAGUCCCUGUCCCGUCUGCUGUCCUGCUGCCCUCUGUUAACCAAGCUGUCUCUGCACGCCUGUGGCCUCACCGCCCGCUUCCUGCAGCAGCAUCGGCUGCUUCUGGCCAACGCUCUGACAGGAUCGGGCCACUUGAAAUCUGUCUGUCUAUCCCACAAUGCACUGGGCUCCACUGGCUUUGAGCUGGUGUUGAAGACCCUGCCCCUCCACUGUCUCACACACCUGGACCUGUCUGCCGUCCGCAGGGGCCCGGCUGAUUCCCCGGCGCUGGAACACCUCGCCAAAGUCCUGUCUCAGGACGAGUGUUCACUGACCCACCUGAGUCUGGCAGCAAACGAGUUGACAGACAGCAGUGUAGCCACCUUGGCCAGAUGUCUUCCGUCAUGUCCGACCCUGGUGAGCCUGAACCUAUCAGCUAACCCGUCUGUGACCUCAGCAGGACUUCACAACAUCCUGACGGCUCUCAGAGAGGCUGGGCGACCUCUGAGCCUCCUAAACCUUCAAGGCUGUGAGGUGUCUGGUCCCUGGGACAGUGCAGGUCUGGAUGGUUUGUCCGAGCUGGUCCAGGAUCUCCGUCUUUGCUCUCAGGGACUCAACAAGCUGGACCGUCACAUCUUGAAGCAGAGCUGGGGCAGCGGCCGGGCUCGUGGGCACUUCAUCGACCGGAACAGCCAGUGUCUGCUCUCUGCUGCAGCCUCCUCGUGAAGUCGGGGGGAAUCGGUUGUGGCAAAUCGUUCAUCACUGACACUGACUUUUGAGCCAUGUGAAAACAUCAAGUUUUAUAACGAGAGUGCAAUUCCUUUAUUGUUUCCUUCAGUGAGCAGGGAUCGCUUGAGGCUGCGUACUGGAAAUGAGCCUCCAGAAUCACACAAUGCAACUUUAAACCUGCAAAAGACGCAAACUGCUUUAAAAAGAAAGCAGGGACAUGGCAUCUACAGACAUUCUGUGUAAAUGACUGAUUUAUAUGUUUUAUAUAUGUUGUACGUCUUUUUAUGUGUAUGUGUAAGUCUCUGUUAGCAGUGUGUUUUGUGUAUGACUUGAUAUGUGUUAAAAAAAAAAAACAAUUAAAGUGACUCAUGAUGCUUUUGUCUAAGAUUUUUUUUCUUUUAUAUCAUAAAACAUCGAUUGCCUGAAUCUCCUACCUUUGUGGUGUAGACUUCAGAAGUUUGGUUAACUCUAUCAGUGUAUUUGUUCAAAAUUUAAGUAACAUUUGAACCUUUUUUUGAACAUGUCUGCAUCUGAUCAUGUGACCAUGUCAACUCACAAUUACAUAAGUACAAUAAUAGACACAUUAACAAGAUAACACCCUCCUCACUAUCGUACUACCCUUGGUCAAUUUUCCUUAAAAUACAGAGGAUCAGCACUCUGGAAUGAUCAAUUUAAUAUUUACAUCCAGUUUUCCCCUCUGAAUACAUACAAGAGCAGUUUAGUGGCUCACACACACACAUUUCUUCACUUUUGUUUUAUUUUACUUUUAAUAUUAUAAUUCUGCUUAAUUUUAAUGUCAUUUUUUUUCCUAUUUCAUAAUUACUUGUUUUUAAUUUAACUGUAGGUAGAGGCCUGUAGAAGCCCUUUUGAGUUUCUUGCGCUACCUUGCACCUUCCUUUUGUUGUUAUCUCUUUAUCCUUGUCUUUUGUCUUAUUGUGCAAAAUAAAAAUAAA